CUGAGCACAAAAAUUGUUCGGUAGCACACGAUACGAGACAUUGAAAAGUAUCUUGGAUUUUUUUUUCAUAUUAAUUUGUUCGGCCAGUGGCACGCUUUGUCUCCGUUAUGUUGAAAGUAGCCCCGCAACAUUGCGAGACUUCGAAGAUGAGCAUCACUUCAGCCGUCGGAGUCAUUGCUCUUCUGGAUGAACCAAACAUACUGCUGAAAGAGUUUGCACUUCAGAAACUAAACGAAAUUGUGGAUGAGUUCUGGCCUGAAAUCGCUGAUUCAGUUGAAAAAAUAGAAAUUCUUCAUGAAGACAAGAGCUUUCCCCAAUGUGAACUAGCUGCUCUUGUUGUGAGCAAAGUAUACCAUCAUCUUGGCUCAUUUGAGGACUCUCUUACAUAUGCACUUGGUGCUGGUAAUUUGUUUGAUGUCAUGAGCAAUUCGGAGUAUGUUCAAACAACAAUAGCUAAAUGCAUGGAUUUCUAUAGCCAACAAAAAGUAGCAUUAGCUGAAGGAGCACAAGAUGUCAAACCAAUUGAUUCAAGGCUGGAAGGCAUUGUCAACCGAAUGUUUCAAAGAUGCUUAGAUGAUGGGCAGUAUAAGCAGGCCAUUGGAAUUGCGAUCGAAACCAGGAGAAUGGAUGUAUUCCGACGUGCAAUUUUAGAAUCGGGUGAUGUGCCUGGCAUGUUGCAUUAUUGCCUCAAGGUUUGCCUUGAAUUACUGCAACACCGACAGUUUAGAAACGUAGUUCUUCGUUGUUUGGUGGAUUUGUAUCGCGAGCUAGACCCCGAUUACGUUAGCAUGUGCCAGUGCCUCAUUUUCCUGGAUGAUCCAUUGGCCGUUGCUGAUAUCCUCGACAAACUCGUCCAUGGAGAACAAGACUCAACUCUGAUGGCCUACCAAAUUGCGUUUGAUUUGUACGAAAGCGCUACACAGCAGUUUCUCGCACGAGUGCUUCAAGCCCUAAAACCAACAACCAUUGCACCUCCAGUGGCUGAUGAAGACAAAACUGAAGAAAGCAAGGAAGCAAAAGUAGAACCUGUUUUAAGUCCAAAAGAAGAGCUUAUGAAGAAACGCCUAGACCGCUUGGUGACUAUUUUGGGUGGUGAACUGAGCAUUGAGCUUCAUUUGCAGUUUCUCAUCCGGAACAACAAAAGCGAUUUGCUGAUUUUGAAGCAGACAAAAGAUGCAAUUCGUGUGUCUGUUUGCCACACGGCUACUGUUAUUGCCAAUGCUUUCAUGCACAGUGGAACGACUUCUGAUCAAUUCCUGAGAGAUAAUUUGGACUGGCUGUCACGUGCUACCAACUGGGCUAAAUUGACUGCAACAGCUUCAUUGGGUGUCAUCCACCGCGGACACGAGAAAGAAGCACUAGCCCUCAUGGCGGCAUAUCUUCCUCGUGAAGUUGCAGCGACGUCCGCGGGCUUCUCUGAAGGUGGUGGACUGUACGCACUUGGCUUAAUCCACGCCAACCACGGCGCCAACAUCACAGACUACCUACUCCAACAGCUCAAAGAAGCCUCCAACGAGGUGAUCCGCCAUGGAGGAUGCCUUGGCCUCGGUUUGGCCAGCAUGGGAACCCAGAGAGCCGACGUCUAUGAACAGCUGAAAUUCCAUCUUUACCAAGACGAUGCUGUGACGGGCGAAGCUGCUGGCAUGGCCAUGGGUCUGACGAUGUUGGGCUCGCGAUCGCAGCAGGCCAUCGAGGAUAUGGUGUCGUAUGCCCAAGAGACUCAACACGAGAAGAUCAUGCGCGGAUUGGCUGUUGGUAUUGCCCUCACCAUGUACGGUCGUCUGGAAGAAGCCGACGACCUAAUAGACACGCUGGCCAAGGACAAAGACCCGAUCCUUAGGAGGGCCGCCAUGCACACACUAGCCUUGGCUUACUGUGGAACGGGCAACAACCAGGCCGUCCGUAAACUAUUACACGUUGCUGUAUCUGACGUAAACGAUGACGUCCGCCGUGCUGCCGUCACUGCUUUGGGAUUCCUCUUGUUCAGAAAUCCGGAGCAAUGUCCCAGUGUAGUCUCUCUCCUAGCUGAGAGUUACAACCCACACGUUCGAUAUGGAGCAGCCAUGGCAUUAGGAAUUGCCUGCGCCGGCACGGGAUUAAAGGAAGCAGUUGCACUUCUAGAGCCCAUGAUGAACGAUCCGGUCAAUUACGUACGCCAAGGAGCACUGUUGGCUUCAGCGCUAGUGCUCGUUCAGCACACCGAAUUCACGUCAUCAAAAGUAAAAGACAUCCGACAGCUUUAUGCCAAAGUCAUCGGUGACAAGCACGAAGAUGUCAUGGCCAAAUUUGGUGCCAUCUUGGCGCAAGGCAUCAUCGAUGCAGGCGGACGCAAUGUAACCAUCUCUUUGCAAUCGCGAACCGGGCAUACCAACAUGAGUGCUGUCGUUGGGCUCAUGAUUUUCACGCAGUAUUGGUACUGGUUCCCGUCCAGUUUGUGCUUGUCUCUGGCAUUUGCACCUACUGCCAUUAUCGGUCUGAAUUCUGAUCUGAAGAUGCCUAAAGUUGAGUAUCGCUCGAAUGCCAAGCCGUCCGUCUAUGCUCCUCCACCUUUACUUGAGGAGAAGAAGCGGGAAGAAAAGGAACAGUUAGCUGCAGUUUUGUCCAUCACAGCAAGAGCUAAGCGUCGCGAAGCAGCCCACUCGAAAACCUCUCAAGCAGCUAGCUCUGGUGCCACUCCUGCUGUUGCCGAGAAAAUGGAAGUCGAUGAGCAGCCCAGCGCAGAAAAGAUUGCCGAAGACAAAAAACUAAAAGAGGAAAAAGAAAAGCCGAAAGAAGAGCCCAACUUUGAAAUACUGUCCAAUCCAGCUCGAGUUGUCCGACAGCAGUUAAAAGUUGUUCAAAUGGCGGAAAACUCCAAGUACAUUCCGUUGAAGGAUAUCGGCAUUGGUGGCAUUAUCGUUAUGCGCUACGGACAAACAGAUCAACCUGAAGAAUUAGUUGAACCUGUUGCAGCAAUGGGUCCCAAAGUGGAGGAAGAAGCCGAACCUGAACCACCGGAGCCGUUUGAGUACAUUGAAGAUUAAAAAAAUGCAACCACAUUUGAAAUAAAUAAAGUGAAGUGCGAGAGUUUAAAUUACAUUUUGGUAACAAAUGUUUCGUUACAUAAAUAAUGUCGUAUUCGAUGGAACGGGGAUGUGCCGCUGCCAUACUUUUGCGAUGGUAGUGCGAUGAGUUGACUUUUCUUCUUCGCGCCCGCGGACAAUACAUUGGUAAACGAUU